AUGGGGAAGCACGCCUACGGCCCGCCGAGCGACAUGGACCCGGAGACGACGAUCUGCAUGCGCAAGAUCUUCGAGGCCAUCGAGGACGCGCGGCUGCGCGGGGAGAGCGACACGUCGUCCCUCCACUACAAGCGACAUACGAAGCUCAAGGCGAAGAACGCGCUGAGCCACAGCCAGUCCGUGGACUCCAUCGAGUCCUUCGGGUCCCGGCCCGAGUUCGUCGUGCGCGGCCUCGGGACGACGGCGGACGUGCCCGAGGGCCUCGACGCGAUGCUGAGCCCGCCCAAGUCGAGCAAGAAGAAGAAGCGCAAGAAGCGACGGAAGCGCGGGGGCAUGUCCGCCGCGUCGAGCCUCGGGAGCGCCGGCUUCUCCUCGGACCUGAGCGACGCGGAGCCCGAGUACGCGGAGGUCGAGCUCUACGCGCUCGACGACGGCGUCCGCUGCGUCGCCUACGAGCUCCUGCGCGACGGCCGGCCGACGAACAUCGUGCGGGUCGUGGUCUACGACGAGAAGAACACGAGCCGCUGCAAGGACCUGACGCCCGAGUCCUACGGCACGACGGGCUACGCGCCGCUCGACGAGCUCAUCGACGACGAGAAGGCCGCGCUCGCGGCCCUGCUCUGCUCCAUGGUCGGCAACGGGUCCCUCGACGACCUCCCGCGGCCCUACACGCCGGGGGCCCAACUCGGGCCCGCGCCGCGGCCGAGCUCGCCCGUGACGGCCAGCAUCCUCGCGGAGUUCGACGAGGACGACUAG